AUGGGCUCACUCACACCAAUAUCAACAACUUUGGCAAAAUGCAAUCAUUGUAAUAAAACAAAAAGUUAUAAUGGCGGAUCUACUGGUAAUCUGUUAAGACAUAUGAACACUAUACAUACAGCAAUUCCACUACAUAAAUCAACACAGGUAAAUGAGUCCAACUCUGAGAUAAUUGAUGAUCCACAACCCUCAACAUCCAUAUAUCUAAGUCCUACUAGACAACAAUCAUCUUCAGUAGCAACUAGUCCAACUAGACAACAAUCAUCUUCAGUAGCAAUAACGUAUUCGACAAUCUUUAAACCACUUGACAAACGUCAGUCCUCAAUAGAAAACUUCAUCCAAAAGCCGAUUCCUAUAAAUAAAUCAAAAAUGAUUGAUCAACAAUUACUGAAGAUGAUUGUAAAGGAAUAUCAUCCAUUUACUGUUGUAGAGGAUGUAGAAUUUCGAAAUCUUAUAAAAAUGUUAUGUCCAAAUUACUUAAUUCCAUCAAGAAAAACAGUUACUCAAAGUUUGAUGCCUCAAUUGUUUAACAUAACUGUAGAAUGUGUUAAAGAUACAUUAAACAAUGUGUCAGCAGUGUGUUUGACCACGGAUGGUUGGACAUCAAGAAAUAACCAAAGUUUUGUCUCGGUAACUGCUCAUUUUAUUGACCCUAAAAACCAAACACAAAUUUCAUCAGUAUUAUUAGGAUAUAACAGUUUUGAUGAAAGACAUACAUCUGACAAUUUAUCUCGUUUAUUAAGAAACAAUAGAAUCUUACAAUAG